GUACAGCAAUGAAAAAACUUACCUGCAGAGAUGUAUUCCACGUGCUUAACUGAGUAACAGCAUGCACAUUCACAUGGGGAACACUGCCAGCACUAACAGUGACAUGGCACUGGCUUCACAUGACUUGUCUGGGAGGGGACAGGCAGCUCCUGCUUGGAAACACCCCUGUUGCCCGGCCUAAACCCUCAUAAAGUUUCAACAGCAGUAGUGAAAAGUGAGGAGUUGAACUCUGGGCUCUGAAUAGACACAAAGGACCUCUCCUAAGCUACCAUCAGCAGGAGUCCACUGUCAGCUUUUCUAGGAACAGGGCUUCCCCUGAAACUGUGCAGUGCUUGGUAGGACAUCAAACACCACGUCUGGUCCUGUGUCUGUUCACAUGGAGAGUGGCUGAUAUGCAGCUGUUCAGGUGACCAGUUUAUUCCACCUUUCUGAAACGCUGCAAGAAGAGUACUCCCAAGAGGCUUCCCUCUGUCAUCAAGAUGGAAACAGAUUCUGGAUAUUCCUCCACUGCUGAGCUGCAGAAGCAGGGAAAGAAGCUCUCAGAUGCCUUGAGGAUCAGUGCCUACGUCUUCAGUACAGGCCUGCUCAUGUUCACUGCCUUAGUGAACUCUUGCUCUUGGUUUAUGCAGAAUAUAAAUUUAGGCAAUUUCUGGCAAACAGUAUGGUUGGAGUUCUACGACUAUAUGGAGGGAGAUGAGUGGACAAUCUUCCUCAUUGGGGCUGCAUUGGUGCCUGCACUUGCUUUCUGGGGCUUCAAUGGAAUCCUUCUGGUGGCUGAUAUAACAGGAAAGCCAACUUUUAUUACUCGCUAUCGCAUUCAGCUGGGCAAGAAUGAUCCUGUGGACACAAAGAAACUGUUCAAAGCCAUCUACACAGUGCUGGGUAAUCAGUUCUUUAUCUCCUUUCCCAUGCUUGUGCCCAUGUUCUACGUCAUGAAAUGGUGGGACAACACCUUCAGCAAGGAGUUACCAACCUUCCAGUGGUUUCUUGUGGAGCUAAGCAUUUUUACUGUAGUAGAGGAAAUUCUCUUCUAUUAUACACACAGGCUUGGUCACCACCCAGUGCUGUAUAAGCACAUUCACAAGAAGCACCACGAGUGGACAGCCCCCAUCGGUUUGGUCUCCAUUUAUGCUCACCCAAUAGAACACAUAGUCUCCAACACUCUGCCUGUCAUGACUGGCCCGAUGAUCAUGGGAUCUCAUAUUGUUUCCGUUUCAGCAUGGUUUUCCAUUGCUCUUGUAACAACAAGCAUUUCUCACUGUGGCUACCACCUGCCCCUCCUGCCAUCUCCAGAGUUCCACGACUUCCACCACCUCAAGUUCAACCAGUGCUAUGGAGUGCUGGGAGUGCUGGAUUUUCUGCAUGGCACAGACAAAAUAUUCAGACAAACCAAAGCCUUUGAGAGACACAAGAUCCUACUCGGCCUCACGCCGCUCUCUGAAAGCAUCCCUGAGCCACCCAAGAAAGUUGAGUGAACCAGCCCAGCACCUCUUGCCCAGCCUGCUGAUGAGCAGACAGAGACAAUGAUUUAUGCCAAAUAGUAUUUUAAUCAGGAAACAAGUUCUUGUGCACACAUAAAACAUAAAACUGAAGUUAAAUAUGCUGCUUGAAAUGACUGCACUUUUGCUGCCACUGUUUUCUAUCUAAGACACUCACAAAAAAACUGCUCUAGAAGUCUAUUUUUAAGAUUCAAUGGUUUAUUUCUCUGUUACCUGCACUGUCCCUUGGUUCCAGUUGCCUGUGUAUGAGCCAGGUGUAUUCUGGGCCACACGACUCAGGGUUCUCACUAUUAAGGUUUUAGCACCAGACUCUGCAGGUGAGGAUUUGGCCUCUCUUGUCAGCACUCACUCUAAAGAAACAUCAGUCACUCCAUCUAUGUGUGCAGAGCACCUGGGACACAGGCUGCAACCCUGUGGAACAUCACUGGGGCCACAGCUUUAGAAACACUCCCCUGCACAUGCAACAAGGGCCUGAGUUCUUGUUCAGUUGCAGUUGUUACGCACAGGAGGGGGGUACAGUGCUGAACUGGGGCUGCCACAGCCUCAGCACUGCUCCACAGACAGCUGCAGACAAGGGGAGUUUCCCCUUGUGGGACAGGAAAGCAGAGCUGGGAGCUGAUGUGCUUCAUGGCAUCACCUCCUGCUGAGCCUCCCCUUGCUGCGAGACAACCAAAAUUCUGAUAAAUUACAGAGAUUUUCCAAGGAAAGCAGAGUCCCUGCUGUCCUGAGCCGUGCUGAGAUUAAGGAACCCCUCUAAGAAAGGACCCAAGCAAGCAGCCCCCAGAACAAUGUGCACAUUCCCAAGUACCCACAGACCAUCCAAGACGUACUGUGAAUCCUCUCAAGGAUCUUCCCAAGUCUCAGUCCUGGCUGGGGGCCUGGAACAAAACCACCUCAUUUCUCCCCAGUAGAGCAGCCCCUCGAGGAACAGGCACACAGGUUUGAGCUGUGCUGCACUG